AUGCCGCUCAGUCCGGUCGAGCCGUCGGCGACGACCGCGCCAUCGCGCGCGUUCUGCUUCGGCGAGCGUCGCGGGUCCUCCGCCAGCGACUGCUUGAAAUGCCUUGCCGCUGCUGCCCAGGACGUCGCCGACGGAUGCCACGGACGCCGCGGGGCGGUCUGGCGCGCCGGCUACUUCCUGUCGUACGCGGACACCAACGCGUCCACGGCCCGCGAGGACGCGUGGUGCGGCUGGUUCUACGACGACGACAGCGACGACACGCUGACCGCGGCGCUGGGGACGUGCGUGGCUAUCCGGGACCGCGGCGGAGUGAACGAGUCGGCGCAAGUGGUUCCAGCGCUGAAGGAAGGGAGGCAGCUGUCGUUGUCCACGGCGACGUGGUGGUGGUCGUCGGCUACUCCUGCUACCUGCGCGUCCCGUUAUCCCCUCCAAAGAUACGGUGACCGGUGUGGGUGA